UCCUUUUCAACGAAUUCGAGGACUCGGCGGGGGUGCUCUGCGAGGACGACGACGACGAGGAGGAAGAGGACGACGACGAUGACGACGACGACACCAUGUUGGUGGUGAUGAGUAUGUUCUUGGACCCGAUGAGGGAGGGGUUGAUCAGGACGUUCUGAACGGCGGGCGCCGCGGGCAUCGCGGCCUUGACCGCGGGGCUCUGCGAGGCCGGGAUCUGCACCGUGAACCUCUGGCCGGCCAGAGACAGCGGGGUGGCGACGUCGGCGGCCACGGCCACUGCAGGAGCGGACGAGGGCGCGCCCAGGGUCGGGGUGCCGGGCCUGCUGCUGACGGCGCCCACGCUGAGCCGCGGGACCGUGAUUCUGCCCGCCGCGGAGGGCACCUUUUUGGGCAAGGACUUCAGCCGGUAGUUGGGCGCCGUUAAGCAGUAGCGGUCCGGCGGUAGCCGGGGGCCCGAGUACGGCUUGAUCAGCGGCAGCGGGGUCUGGUUCUUCUGCCGGGCGAUAUCUAACAGGAAGUCCCUCGGCGGCGGCGCCGUGAACGACUGGUCGGCCCUGCACUGGAUGGCCAGCCGCACAUCGUCCGCAUCCACCGCGGGCUUCUUGGCGUGGCUCGAAUAAAUUUUAGCAUCGUCCAAAAUCGUGGUGACGUAGCGGAAGGCGAACUCCAGCAUCUGGUUGAUGACCCUUGGUUCGUACUCUGUGAUCCCCAUAUCCUUCAGAAUUUGGGCCAUCACUUGGGCAUCUUUCGGAGAGCUCUUGGGGGACGCCAUCUUGCCCGGCUCCAUGAUUUCCGGUGGUCACACUUCACUUCCGGUUUUUGAGACCUUCGCUACAGGUUACUAAACGACCGAGAGGGAGGAGUCCCCGAUUUCCGUUUUCGCUAAUUCUGUCCCACGCCGCCUACCGUCCGUUACCCCUUUCCAGACACUCUACCACGCAGAGGGGAGAAACGCAGGUCCUACGUAGGGCUUGAGCUCCGCCCUUGCCAGUCCUCCAGCUUAGCGUUCUCCGCGGCCAGGGAGCCGGCAACCAUGACGUUCCGGUGCCAGCGGGACAGCUACGCUCGAGAGUUCAGCACCACCGUGCUCUCCUGCCGCCCCGCGGAGCUGCAAACCGUUGGGAAAGGCAGUGGCAACAACGAAGAGAAGCUGAGCGGCUACCACGUGGUGUUGGAAGAUACGCUGCUCUUCCCGGAGGGCGGGGGUCAGCCCGAUGACCGAGGUUCCAUUGAUAACAUCCCAGUGCUCCGAGUGACCCGCCAGGGAUCAGAAGCUGAGCAUUUCUUGCUUACUCCCCUGGCACCAGGAAGCCAGGUCCAAGUGCAGCUGGACUGGGAUCGGAGGUUUGACCACAUGCAGCAGCAUUCAGGGCAGCAUCUCAUCACAGCUGUGGCUGACCAGCUGUUUGGAUUGAAGACAACAUCGUGGGAGUUAGGGCGCACUCGGAGCACGAUAGAGCUGGAUAGCCCCACAGUCUUGCCAGAACAAAUAGUCGCUAUCGAGCAGAGCGUCAAUGAGAAGAUCCGAAAUCGACUACCUGUGACUGUGAUGGAACUGAGCCCAGAUGAUCCUGAGGUCGAGAAGGUAAGAGGCUUGGGUUUGCCAGAUGACCACGCAGGACCUAUCCGUGUCAUCACCAUUGAAAGUGUCGACUCCAAUAUGUGCUGUGGAACUCAUGUGAGAAACCUCAGUGAUCUGCAGGUCAUUAAGCUUCUAGGUACAGAGAAAGGGAAAAAGAACAAGACCAACCUAGUGUUUCUAGCAGGGAACCGGGUGCUGAAGUGGAUGGAGAGAAGUCACAGAGCAGAAAAGGCCCUGACCACGUUACUCAAGUGCGGAGUAGAAGAACAUGCAGAGGCUGUUCAGAAACUGCAGAGCUCAGCCAAGCUGCUCCAGAAGAAUAAUGUGAAUCUCCUUAGAGACCUGGCCAUUCUCACUGGCCACAGUCUUAGAGACAGUCCGGACAGAGGAGGAGUGAUUGUAUUACACAGGAAAGAUGGUGACUCUGAGUUUAUGAACAUCAUUGCUAAUGAGUUUGGGAUAGAGGACACCCUUCUCUUCUUAACUGUGGGGGAUGAGAAAGGUGCGGGGCUCUUCUUACUUGCAGGGCCAGUUGAGGCAGUGGAUAUGUUGGGACCCAGGGUAGCUGAAUUACUGCAAGGCAAAGGAGCUGGGAAGAAAGGCCGCUUUCAGGGCAAAGCCACCAAACUCAGCCGGCGGGCAGAAGUGCAGGACCUUCUCCAGGACUAUCUUAACAGUCAGAGUGCUGAGGAAUAGCAACUCUUGCCCUUGUGUCCUUCCCAGGCAUUUCCUUAGGACCAGACAGCAUGUGGCCAUGGAAAAAUUUGCUUUCUUCUAGACAAUAAAAUGAUUUUAUUGGAAUAUGGAACGCUGUGCUUGACUGUCUCCAAGCUAUGUAGUUGUUCUUUGUGUAUACACAGUUACAUAUUCUAUAAAUAAAGUGAUGGCCUUGGUAUGAAUGAAA